AUGGUCUCAAUCCUCCUGCUGGUCUACCUCCUGCCACCAAGUGGAAAGAAGGGAGCCGUGAAGAUUAGUAUCCGGGAAGCUGUGGAUCGUGUAGUGACGUUUCAUAAGGUUAGUGUAUCCUGAUUUCCAUUUUGAAACAAUCCAAUAUCAACAAGUGGAAUCCACACUCCAAAAACAAAUGAAUGUUUUGACCAAUCAUCAUUUCUCUUAAUACAAAGGGACUUUCCCAAGUAGAUUUUCUCACAGGGAGAGAGAGUCACGAGAUGGGGUAGCAUGACAACAUACUGGAUAAAGUAAAUUUCAGUCAGCAAAUAUCUGGAUCCAAGAAUAUAGUUAAGAGGGUUUACUUAAUCUGUUGGCAAUAAAUAUAAACACAUUUUUAUAAUUGCGGUACUUUAUAAAUAGCAAUACAUAUAAACAAAUUUUUAUCAUAUAAAUAGCAAUUAACAAAUUCAUUUACAUCUUUAAUUAAAAUUUUGAAUUAUUCUUUUUUCUUUUGAAGUGAUUCUCCAACUGUGCUAUCAGAUUUCUGUCUGACUUAUCCAUAAAAAAAUGACGUAUAGCAUAGUUAUACUUUUGAUUGUUAUCUUGCAGGCGGGUCACAGCCUUCAGGAGCACUCUGGUCCAGCCCAGCGGAGGCAACCCUACAUCCUGGCAGUUGGCAUGACAAGAAACAACAUCCAUGAAUACUACAUUGCGAUGGAUGGUGAGCUCCUUCCCUGCAAGGCCAAGUCUUCCCUGUCAGCCUUUGAUGAACUUUUCAAGACACAUUAUGUGUUUGGUAUCUCCUAUGACCAGGCCCUAAACAGCAUGUUCAUGUUUGUGAACUCCCAGAGUCAAGGACCUUAG